ACGUCUAACUGCAAUCAACGCCAGCCAGCCAGCAUCGACAGAUCCUCCCAAACCCAACCCAGAACCCUUGGCGUGAAUGCCCCCACGAGAAUGACGACAACGCUGCAGAACACAAGAGUUCUCGGCAAAACGGUUUACAACCUUGCUCCACCUGUCACAGAACCUGGAACACAGACUUUGAGCACACGACGGCGAUCUUCAUCUCCCAAGGCAGCGGCAGGUUCCAGCGCUCACGACACGUUUUUUCCACUCUUUCCUUGUGACUCCACACCUCCACUUUGGACUCUCGCUACGAGCCAUAAAGUUUACUCUAGCGAGGCUGAUUCUGUAGAGCAUAUGUACUUCGGUAUAUUUGUGGGAACGCAACAAAACCGAACCGAGCUGAACUGCUGCCCAACGCACAUGUCGAAAACGCAAUAUUGA